AUGGCGACAACCUUGAGGAUGACGAACCAAAGUCUCAAGAACCAAAGUCUAAAGCUUACAAGCCACAACUUGAAGACCAUAACUAUGCACCCAAGUCUGAAGCUUACAAGCCAUAACUCGAAGACAAUGCCAAUGCACCCAAGCUCGAUGCUUACAAGCCAUAACUUGAAGACAAUAACUAUACACCCAAGUUUGGAGCUUACAAGCCACAAUAUGAAGAUAAUAACUAUUGACUCAAGUCUAAAGCUUACAAGCCACAACCCGUUGACAAUAACUAUGCACCCUAAAGCUUUCAAGCCACAACUUGAAGACAAUAACUAUGCACCCAAGUUCGAAGCUUACAAGCCACAACCUGAAGACAAUAACUAUUCACCCAAGUUCGAAGCUUACAAGCCACAACCUAAAGAAAACGCUUAUUCACCCAAUCCUGAAGGUUACAAGCCACAAUCUGAAGACAGUGCUUAUGCACUAAAGCCUAAAGCUAACAAGCCACAACCCAAAGAUAACGCCUAUGCACCCAAGCGAAAAGCUUACAAGCCACAAUCUGAAGAUAACAGCUAUGCACCCAAGCUUGAAGCUGACAAGCCGCAAUUCAAAGAUAACGGCUAUGCAUCGAAGCCAGAAGAUGGCAAGCCACAACCCGAAGAUAAUGGCUAUGUACCCAAGCCAGAGUGUUAG